GUUCCACCUUACCUGAAGUUGAGGAGAAACUUAAGCCUGAUCUUAUCAGCAUCUCAACAUGGGUUAACGAUAAUAAAAUGAAACUGCAUCAAUCGAAAACAAAGUAUAGCAUUAUUUCUAGUUGUCAGAAAUUAGCUAACUCCUCGAGUCAAAGCCUUGAUCUAACUUUUGAUGGGGAACCAAUAACCCAGGUGAAAUCUGAGCGUGUUUUGGGAGUGUAUAUUCAUAACCAUCUCACUUGGUCUACCCAUAUUGAAAAAUUACAUUAG